UGGCCCUGUAACAGGCCCUUUCUGAGAAGAGUCUCUAAGAAAGCAUCAUACCAGAAGGAAUGAGCAAGUUGUGAAUUCUCUGGACUGUUGUGACAUUCUAACUUCUGGGCAGAAGUCUGACAAGAGCUGGGUCCACUGGCCCAUACACAUCCUGCUGAAGAGCCACGGAAGCUUCCGCUUGAAGCUUUUCUGAGACAGCAUGAAAGCUGACAACACCACGGAGACGAACUGGCUGAACAUCACCUACAUCACCAUGGAGGCUGCCAUCGGGCUCUGUGCUGUUGUGGGCAACAUGCUGGUCAUCUGGGUGGUCAAGCUGAACCCCACUCUGAGGACUACCACAUUCUAUUUCAUUGUCUCCCUAGCACUGGCUGACAUUGCCGUUGGGGUGCUGGUCAUACCUUUGGCUAUUGCUGUCAGCCUGCAAGUCAAGAUGCACUUCUAUGCCUGCCUUUUCAUGUCCUGUGUGCUUCUGAUCUUCACCCAUGCUUCCAUCAUGUCCUUGCUGGCCAUUGCUGUAGACCGAUACCUGCGGGUCAAGCUGACAGUCAGAUAUAGAACGGUUACCACUCAAAGAAGAAUAUGGCUAUUCUUGGGCCUUUGCUGGCUAGUUUCCUUUCUGGUGGGGCUGACCCCCAUGUUUGGCUGGAAUAGAAAAGCAACCCUCGAGAGCUCUCAAAAUAGCAGCACUCUUCUGUGCCACUUCCGUUCCGUGGUCAGUUUGGAUUACAUGGUCUUCUUCAGCUUCGUCACCUGGAUCCUCGUCCCCCUGGUUGUCAUGUGUGUCAUCUACCUAGACAUCUUCUACAUCAUCCGAAAUAAGCUCAGUCAAAACCUGUCUGGCUUCAGAGAGACACGUGCAUUUUAUGGACGGGAGUUCAAGACAGCUAAGUCCCUGUUUCUGGUUCUCUUCUUGUUUGCGUUAUGCUGGCUGCCUUUGUCCAUCAUCAAUUUUGUUUCCUAUUUUGAUGUAGAAAUACCAGAUGUCGCAAUGUGCCUGGGGAUCCUGUUGUCCCAUGCGAACUCCAUGAUGAACCCUAUUGUCUACGCCUGCAAAAUAAAAAAGUUCAAAGAAACCUACUUUCUGAUCCUCAGAGCUCUCAGGCUCUGUCAGACCUCAGAUUCUUUGGACUCAAACAUUGAACAGACUACUGAGUAAUUACCAUGACAGAUACAGAGCCAGCUCGUCUACCUUCGCAUGUGGUAUCAGUAAACACUAUAAGGACUUAUCAGACAUUCUUGAUUCCUUCACUGCAUUGGGAUCAUUGGGCUGGUUGCCACAGAGUUCCACUCCCCCCCCGCCCCCUUCUGCUUCAGUUAUUUUCUUGAGCUUCUCUAAUUCAAUUCUGUGGAAGCCUGACGUGAAGGCAAUGCAUUCCUGAUUAUCACGGACUCUGCCCUUCCUUCCCAGACAAAGAAGUGAUGGAAUGUGGAGGGAGUCUCGUCUUAUCAAAGGAAGACUCUAGUGGGGCUGGACGUACAGAACCUGCUCUGAAGGAUCCCUGGAAUGUGGGGAACAGAAGGAGCAAAUUGGAUUUAAAAAGAGGGCUAAAUCCACCUGUGUGGGUGCAUUUGAGCAAAUAAAAGAUGAUGCCCAACUGAUGUGUAGCUCUUUGCUAGGAUUGCUUGGGGGUUGCAGGCACAGUUGACUGCUCUUGGCAUUCCUUCUGCUUGCUUCUGGAACACAAUCACUUCUGUUCCAAGGGGCAGCUUUGCCAUUGCAGAUGGCUGUCCUCUGGGGGUGGGGGCAGGACGCCUGUUAUGCAAGGUUCUGAUGUUCUUGAAAUCCUAGGCAACUUCAGGUUCAGGCCAACUGGAGAUAUAUUUGUUGUUGUUUGCUUUGUUUGUUUGUUUGGAGAUAGGGUUUCUCUGUGUAGCCCUGGCUGUCCUUGAACUUGCUAUGUAGACCAGGCUGACCUCAAAUUCAGAGAUCUGCCUGCCUCUGCCUCCUAAGAACUGGGAUUAAGGGUAGGCAGCACCACCAUCUGGCUACAGCUGGAGAUCUUUAGGAGUGCUUUGUAAGUCUGGAACAGGACAUUUGAGAACGCUGACACUAAGACACACACAUUUGUGGCUUCAGCUAGGAUGGAGGAAUGAAAUAAGUUAGGUAUCACAAGAUUUUAUACAGAUACUCUGUAUUUGUUACUUUUCAGUUGCUAUUAAAAAAAUAUUUCAUGACCAAG